AUGAUAGUACAUAAGCAACUGCGGCUUAGCUUGGCCUAUUGCCUGUGUCAACCUUUACUUGACUUGCACAUUGGUGGUAGCCCUCGUUCCACCCUCAGGACCAGGCCGGCCACCAGCAUACUUUCACGAUUGAAAGGGAAGCACUUUGCAAGUGGUGCAAAGAAAGGAGAUAAGAAGGGAAUAUGUAAAGUCUGUGGAAGCGAAAGGACAAGUAAAGGAAAGAGAAAGGACACAAAAACUUCUAAUAAGUGUCUAUAAUGUGACAUGUUCUUUUGCGAAGGAGUGUGUUUCGCAGAUUAUCACACCAAAACGAAGGUGUAACAUGUGACUAUUCUAAUAAAAUAUCAUAGUUAGGUAGGAACAUGACAAUUUUAGUGCUUUUUAGAAUACAUGUAUAAUAGUUUGUAUAAAAACAAAGCAAUCUGGGUGUGAAAUUUUGGGUUUUCAGAAAUCCAAGAUGGUCGCCAUAGAUUUUUGUGCAACGAUCCAAUUUCAUAAAACUCCAAUUUCUUCAAAACGACAAAUUGGAUUGAAACAAAAAUUUAUAGCUGCUUUGACUAUAUCCUCAAGAACUAAUUUGUAUUAUUUUUUAAAUAAACCAGAUUUUUCUAGACCUUGUAAAUUAAUUUGAAUUAAUGCAAUGAUGAAAAUUAUGCUAAUUAUUCAUCAAAAAUCUGUAAUUCAUCACCCCCCUGGCUACAGUAAGUACCGAAAUAUUUUUCAAAACCUAUUUUUUAAUAAUCUUCAUCCCAUAAGCUUUCAUAAAAUAUGUAGGUUUCCCUACUUGCUGCAAAUAACUUUCUUUUUUUUAUGGUUGAAGUUAUACUAUUACAAAUACAAUGUGAAUGGCUCCAAAAAUUCAGUAAUUUAUUCUCAAACAAAUAAAUGAACCAAGACUGCAUGUCGUAAUCUCUCUGAAAGGGCGAAGCAGUAACUAAAGGGUGUAUAUAUAGAGGCAUCUAACGGCAAGUGAUUUAACGAUCGCACGGAGGGGUUAUUAGAGACCUUACGAUUUUAGGACGGCAACGCGACGACGACGGCCAAAACAAACUCCCUCAAAUAAAUGGUAGUAUUAAAGCCCUCUAUUUGUUGUAUAUUAGUUUCUCAUCAGGAGCUUCUCCUAAAGUGGAUGCGGGCUGGCGGGCCAAUACCAUUAUGCCAUUAUUUGCUGGAUUUCCCCUCCCCAUAAAAUUUAUUUUGGAAAAGUGCGCAUUAAGCAUUUAUAUAGCAACUUUCUGAAAAACAGCACAAAAUCAGUAAGUGCAACUGAAAGCAUGUUUUCAUAAUUUUUUACCCAGAGCGUCUGGCGUUUUUCUCCCCUGCAGUACUGACUUCCGGUAGAACUUUUAUAGCUGAGUUUGGAUAUUUAAUAAGUGUGUACGUAAUGCGGGAAAAACUUGCAGUUUGGUUAUGAAAUUUUGUAUUUUAACUAACAUUUGGUUUGGGAACGUUUCUAAUUGUCGUUCUUUCAAAUUUCACUUUGAAGACAUCACAAAAUUUAUAAUAAUGGUCGAAAAUUGCAAUAAUAAUGGCGAACAAGGCCAUUUUCUUAAAAAAGCAUUCGGGUGGAGAUGAGAAUUAACUAAUAUACAGCAAAUAGUGGCCUAAAUACAAUUCGUGGUAUAUUAGCAAUCGUAUGAAUUUAAUACAAUCGUAUUAAUUUAAUAGGUUUUAUGUUUGGGAAGAGUUCUGCUGAAGCCAGUUUGAAGUUGCACUUGUUGCGGCUUGAAAUGCAGCCGUUGUAUCAAGACGUGAAAAUCUGUGAUUUGGCGUUGUAAAUAAAGCGAGGACAAUGUCUAAAUUAUUCAUAUAUUGCAAUUAUUGAAUUCUUUUUAAUUAUUUAUUGUAUUUGUAGCCGUUGCUGUCCUAAACCGUAAGUUGUCUAUUUAAAAAUCUGGGAACCAUGCAAGGUAAGGGGCGGACCAUUUGAUUUUUAAGGGGGGGGGGGUUGGAAGAUUCAGUCUGUGCAAGAAUUUUUUUUCCACCCAGGGAAUAAGACAGAUAUUUUUUCCUGUAAAAGUGCAGCGGAAGAUAUUUUUUUCCCAAUAUAUUUCGCGGCAGGAUAUUUUUUUAUUCCCCUCAUAAUAACUGCUUUAAGGCUUUCAUAUAGCUAUCGGACGUUAGCCAGGGUUUUCAGUCAGAGGAGGCCGAACCUGAAUCCCAAGAGGGGCCAAGGAAUUUUCACUGUGCUUUAUUUUAUAUGGUUAUGUCUUAAUGUUCCCCACACUAAAGCGUGCAGGUUUACUUACAAAAAAUGUAUAACUGCACCAAAACCUAAAGCAUGCACGGAUAGAGAAGAGUACUCGAAAGUGGGGGAGGUACAGUAUAUGAAUGACCUGUAACCUUGGGGGGUUCGGGGGUUCGAAAAUUUUAAAAUUUGAACCUCGGAAAUGCUAUUUCCUGCGUUUUCAGCCAUGGAUUCGUCCAACAACUUUUCUGUACUAAGCCUAAGGAACACUUACUGUCCUUUAUUUUAAACAAGGGAAAAUCACAAAAUGAGCUUUGAUUAAUAUGUAAUUAAUAAAACAAGAUUUCAAUAAUGCGAUUUUUAACUGCCCUCCGAAACAACAAUGUUCCACCAAAUAUAGCUCCGUAGCUUUUCAAUCGUUCAUACAAAUAGCUUGUUGGGGAUCGGGUGGCAUCCUCUUCAUAAUUUUUUUAAAAUCUAGACUCUCUAAACUGGCAUUUUCGCAUUAAAAUCAUCGUAUAUACAGUGCGUUCAACUUGCAUCCUGUACAUGAGCCUUUAAAGCUUUAAUAGUUUGGAGCUAUGUUAUCAAAAAACGCACACAGACUCAACCAUCCAAAAAUACUUUCUCUACCAUGCAUAUUAGAUAUGUAUAAAUAACUUAUAAACUUGUAUAUAUUUAAGCCCAGAUUUUCGCGAAAAAUUUAAGUAAAUACAAAAAUAAAAUAUAGCUUAUAAUUAGAGGAAUUAGCGAAAAUUGACUAUAUUCAUGACGCGCUUGUCAGGCGAAAAACAAACUGCCCAAAGAUUUUAUUAUUUAUACUAGUAGUCGUGUCGUAAUACUCAGUAGCUGAAAUAGAUUGGAUACCUGAUACCGUUGCAUUUAUGAGAAAAAAUAAUUUACCGCCAGCAUACAGUACUAACACGAAUAUUUAAUCAGCUGUCCGAAAGACAUAUUUAAAAAUACACAAUAUUGUGUUUGCUUCAAGUGAUCAGGAUAAUUUUUAGUUUAGGUUUAUGCCUAGGCAGUAAAUAAUAAAAUAUGUAAGUUUCAAGAAGAUAGAAUAAAAGCGCGAGAUGAACUGUGGGAUAUAAAAAAGCUCAACUAUCAACGUUUUUUGUUCAUUUUAUGAAUGACUUUUUCCAAACGAAAGUUUGAAGGAAAUCUGUAAUCUUAAGAAAUUCGAGUGGUCGGUUUUUAAACGGACUGCCUCUUAAGAAUUAAAUGGAACGACACGGCGAUUUUGCAUGAGCUAUCAAGUAGUUUUCUCCCACGUAAAACUUGCACAUCUGGGAAUGAAUUAGCCAUCGCCGAACAUCUUUCGACAUGCAGGUUUUAGUAGUGUAGUCUACAUCACGUGCGCCUAAAACGCGCAAGAUCUCCAGUUCGAUCUUGGGCGGAAACAAUGGAUUGAUGGUAAAAUAUUUUCUCAAAAAUGCCGCACUUACAGCAAUCCCUGCUCAUAUAUGUCUUUGGGAUGGGUUUGCACACUUGCCGAAGAAAUAUUAAAUAUUUAUUUUGUUUCCUUAAUAGCGUCAAAUAUGUUAACAAAAUACAAAAUAACAGUAACAGUAACGGUGAAUAACAUUUUGAUUUUUAAUCAACGUUUCGACUAGUUUGUAGUCAUCCUCAUGCAGGAUUAACAAUUGCACCAAUAUAUUCAACGGCCUCACGAAAUAAUUUAAAAUUUUCUGUCAGGAGUGGGAUUCGAACCCACGCCCACAUUAGUGGACCAGAACGCCCUUUGGCUGCGCAUCAACGAAGCAAGUUUGGAAACUUGAGUCUGGCGCCUUAGACCGCUCGGCCAUCCCGACAGCUGGAAACCUUUGUGCCUACUGUACUUUAAGUCAUUUUACUUUCUUAAUAAUGGAGAACAAAUAUUUCAUUUAAACCAGAAAAAUAUAUCCGAAUGGACCUAACUCAACAAUCGUUACUCACAUCGCACGUCAGUGCUCCUUCUGUUUGGUUUAAGAGAAGAAUCCAAAUGGAUUUAUGCAGAGGAACAAACUAAUGAAUUUUCUUUCAAUUUUUAUGUUUUGAUACUGGGGAAGUUUGCAAAUGGUUCCGAGCAUGCGCUUGUUUCUGUAGUGUAGCGGUCAUCACAUGUCCUUUACGCGCGCAAGGUCCCCAGUUCGAUCCUUGGCAGAAGCAUGCAUUUGGUGUUUUAUUUAUAGAAAAUCAAAAGAGCAAAAUUCCGCAACGGACAGAACUAGUGCUUCACCAGGCAAGUUUCUGUAGUGUAGUGGUCAUCACGUGCGCUUCACACGCGCAAGGUCGCCAGUUCGAACCUGGGCGGAAACAUACUAAAUAUGUUGCGGAGCCAGGCAGAAUUUAUCAAAUUUUAAUUCGCGUACAUGAUCUAUUGUGAGAAGGAAAACCAAUUUUUAUAGGCCGUUAAUUUGUGAUUCGCGAUACGGGUGCACCAUCAUCUUUUCCUUCUAUUCCUUCCAAUUCCACCCCGUUUUCGCCAUCGAAGGGAGAAGAAUUUGGGCAUUAUUUAUUACCUGUUCUAGCGUGAUCUUCCCCAAAAACUGUUUCACGCUAAACACUGAUUCAUUCAUUGACCGGCAGUCAAGAUCUGCCCUACCGCCCAAUAUUUAACGAAGCAAUUAAUUUGACAGCUGUUGCCCGCGAUUGAGCUCAAGAUUGAGUGACGGGAAGAACGCAAGAUUCAUUGUCAAUGUGCUGCUGCAAGCUGAAACCACGAAGAAAUUUUUUAGCUGGUUAGAGUUUAAUUAUUUAAGAAUUAAAUGGAACGACACCGCGAUUUUGCAUGAUCUAUCAAGUAGUUUUCUCCAACGUAAAACUUCAACAUCUGGGAAUGAAUUAGCCAUUGCCGAACAUCUUUCUACAUGCAGGUUUCCGUAGUGUAGUGGUCAUCUCGUGCGCCUAACACGUGCAAGAUCCCCAGUUCGAUCCUGGGCGGAGACAAUGGAUUGGUGGAAAAAUUCUGAUUACAAUUUUCUCUCGAUCAAAAGCAAGCAGGCAUAAAUUUGCGCAUAGUUAAGUGGAAAUAUUUUCUCAAAUAUCGCGCACUUACAGCAAUCCAUGCUCAUAUAUGUCUUUGGGAUGGGUUUGGACACUUGCCGGAAAAAUAUUAAAAUUUUUAUUUUGUUUCCGUAAUAGCGGCAAAUAUGUUAACAAAAUACAAAAUAACAGUAACAGUAACUGCGAAUAACAUUUUGAUUUUUAAUCAACGUUUCGACUAGUUUGUAGUCAUCCUCAGGAUUAACAAUUGCACCAAUAUAUUCAAGGGCCUCACGAAAUAAUUUAAAAUUUUCUGUCAGGAGUGGGAUUCAAACCCACGCCCACAUUAGUGGACCAGAACGCCCUUUGGCUGCGCAUUAACGGAGCAAGUUUGGAAAGUUGAGUCUGGCGCGUUAGACCGCUCGGCCAUCCUGACAGCAGGCAACCUUUGUGCCUACUGUACUUAACGUCAUUUUACUGUCUUAAUAAUGGAGAAUAAAUGAAAAAUAUAUCCGUCUGGAACUAACUCAAUAAUCGUUACUCACAUCGCACCCAUUCGCACGUCAGUGCUCCUUCUGUUUGGUUGAAGAGAAGAAUCCAAAUGGAUUGAUGCGGAGGAUCAAAUGAAUGAAUUUUCUUCCAAUUUCAAUCUUUUGAUACUUCCAAUUUUGAUCUUUUGAUACAUGCGCUUGUUUCUGUAGUGUAGCGGUCAUCACAUGCGCUUUACGCGCGCAAGGUCCCCAGUUCGAUCCUGGGCAGAAGCAUUCAUUUGGUGUUUUAUUUACAGAAAAUGAAAAGGGAAAAAUUCCGCAAGGGACAGAACUCGUGCUUCACCACGCAAGUUUCUAUAGUGUAGUUCUGUUCUUGCCAAAGAAGCCAGUCGUUUCCUUCAUUUUCAUGUUCAAGAUCGUUUUGCUUCCACCUUACUUGCUCUUCCUGAUCAAGGAAAAGUGGGACGUGCGCUUACUACCGACACCUUCGCCAAUGGUUCUACCUGGCAAUAUGAUGGCUUAAACAUUCGUUUCAGAGAUUGGCCUUUCAUUCACCGAGCUCGACUUAACUGCCUCCCAGUAAAUAAUGUGAAGAGUCGUUGGUCUAAUUCCUGUCCAAAAUGUCGCCAUUGCAACUCGGAUGAGACUCUCCCUCAUGUGUUGUGCCACUGCCUUCGUAACAUGCCUAGUAUCCUGCGGAGACACAAUACCAUAGUGGACCGCAUCGUCAACGCCGUUCAAAGUGGAACUAUCACCACCGACCAACAAGUUCGUGCAGCCAAUUCUCGUCUUCGCCCUGACAUAAUAGUAGAAGAAUAUAACAAAGUGCUAAUUAUUGAUGUAUGUUGCCCCUUCGAUAAUAAUGCUGAAGCCCUGCGUGAUGCUGAACAACGGAAACUUAAUAAAUAUGAAGGGGUGAAGCAAUUCUUCGUUGGUCAAGGAAAGCAAUGCGAGGUCUUUGGUUUUGUGAUCGGUGCCCUUGGUUCCUGGCAUCCAACCAAUGAAAACGUUUUACGACAACUUGGGAUGUCCAAACGAUAUCGUUCCUUGUUUAGGAAAUUGUGUUGCACUGACGCAAUCCAAGGAUCAACAAACAUUUACCGAGAACAUCUUGGAAUGACAGAGGGUUCUGUGGAUGCAGAUAACUCUGAGUAG